UUUUUACGUGAGUGACAACAACUGCAGUUUGGUUCAGUAUAUAAUCUUGGUCUGGUGAGUCUCGGACUAAUUCUGAGCUACUACAGAGAUACAUCUGUGUCCAUCUGAAACUGAAUCACAAGGAGAAUGUAUGGAGAAAGAAAAGUGUUCGGGACUAUCUGUCCAAACACAGUGGCUCCUCAUCAGAAUCAAGACAGAAGACAGACAGCAGCUAGAAAGGGCAGACCGAGGCUCCCCAGGAGCAGCAGCCCGGUUGCACUGUAUGUGGACCGGAAUCCCUGCAUCGUUGAAGAGGCGUUCUCAACGAUAGCAUGGGAUGACUUGGAGGAAUGCGCGUCCGUGAUGAGGCGAGAGAGCGACUCCCUGGGUUCCCAGGUGAACGAUUCCGACGGAGACGACCAGGACUUCGGGGAAUAUGCCCUGGACUUUAUAGCUGACUCUCCAGCCACAUUGGAGCGCAGUCUGUCUCCAGCUGAUCUGGUGGCCUUCCAAGGAUGUAUCAUCCCUCCUCUCACCCCCCAGCGGGAGCCCUGUCCAGAGGACAAGGACCAGCAGUGCUACCCUUCCUCAGACACAGGCCUCGGCCAGCAUCAAGCCCAGGAUGGGUUACUCUGGAGGGGCAUUGCUCAGCACCACACCAGGGUCCUGGGACACACACUGGAGACCAACAGCCAGCUUCACCUGACUGUGAGCAGGAGGCAGGAGGAGAUUAACGCUCUGCUGCAACGCAAUGUCCACCUCAGAGAACUGGCCACCAGAGCUAAACACCUAGCCUCUGUCCUGGAUAAGCUGAUGAUGGUGAGGGAACCAUCAUGUUUUCGACAACCCUCAGCAUCCCCCUGUGACGAACCCCCCAUGUCAACACUCCCAUGUAAGAGACAGCGUCUGGAAGACACUUGUGACAACACAUCGCCCCCUGGGUGUGUGGAAGACAUCCUACGGGAUGUCAGCGAGCGCUGCAACACCGUCCUGCACCACAGCACAGUUCAAACACCUCUUACCCAGGAUAAUGACCCAGAGAGAAUACUGAUGUUCGGAGCGUUCUCUGGACUGCAGACAUCCAGGACCACAGGUGGCACUGUGGUGAGCAUGGAGGACACAGAGGCAGGAGAGAGCAGUAGUGACUCGUCUUUCAGGACUUCAAUUAGGGAACACUGUACGAUCAGGACUCAGACCUUCCCUCAUGGACACGCCUUCACCUCCAGGACGACCCAGGGUGGGUACCGCUUCCGCUGGGUUCCCAGCCAGAGCUAGCCGUUAGCGGUACUUGGUUCCCAGCCAGAGCUAGCCCUUAGCAAUGCUGGGUUCCCAGCCAGAGCUAGCCCUUAGCGGUACUGGGUUCCCAGCCAGAGCUAGCCGUUAGCGGUACUGGGUUCCCAGCCAGAACUAGCCCUUAGCGGUACUGGGUUCCCAGCCAGAGCUAGCCGUUAGCGGUACUGGGUUCCCAGCCAGAGCUAGCCGUUAGCAGUACUGGGUUCCCAGCCAGAGCUAGCCCUUAGCGGUACUGGGUUCCCAGCCAGAGCUAGCCGUUAGCGGUACUGGGUUCCCAGCCAGAGCUAGCCGUUAGCGGUACUGGGUUCCCAGCCAGAACUAGCCCUUAGCGGUACUGGGUUCCCAGCCAGAACGAGCCCUUAGUGGUACUGGGUUCCCAGCCAGAGCUAGCCUUUAGCGGUACUGGGUUCCCAGCCAGAGCUAGCCCUUAGCAUUAGCACUGAGCUCGAGCCAUCUUGAACAUGUAGUAGGUAAUGUUGUUAUAAGACUGCCAGCUUUGGCUAAAUACUAGCUACACUAUAUUUAUAAAAGUAUGUGGACACUCCUUCAAAUUAGUGGAUUCGGCUAUUUCAGCCACAUGUUGCUGACAGGUGUAUAAAAUCGAGCACACAGCCACGCAAUC